AUGACUUCAUCAUCAUCACCAUACACAUCAUCAUCAUCAUCAUCGGUCAUAUCGUACGCCGAUAAACAGCUGCAGACGCAGAUUCCAUAUGAUGACGACGAUGAUGAUGACGAUGAUUUUUCAAACGAUGAUAAUGAUAAUGAUAACAGCAACAACAACAACAACAACAACAAUAAUAAUAAUAAUAAUAAGAAGAAGAAGAAUAAAAAGGAUGAUGGUACAUUUGUUAAUGGAGAAUGGUAUCUUGAUGUUGAUAAUGAUAAUGAUAAUAAUAAUAGUAAUGAUAAUAACGAUGAUGAUAAUUCAUUCGACUAUGAUGAUUUGUUUCUCAAUAAUAAUAAUAAUAAUAAUAAUAAUUCAUUUGAUUAUGAUGAUUUGAUUCUCAAUGAUAAUAAUAAUAAUAAUAAUAAUAAUAAUAAUAAUAAUGAUAAUAAUAAUAAUAAUGAUAAUGAUAAUAAUAAUAAUAAUGAUAAUGAUGAUGAUGGUAAUGAUACAUUUGAUUAUGAUGAUUUGAUUCUCAAUGAUGAUAAUAAUAAUAAUAAUGAUGAUAAUGAUGAUGGUAAUGAUACAUUUGAUUGUGGGGAUUUCUACCUUGUGGAGGAGUGCGUAUUUUACAAUUCAGAAUGUAGCACCGGCAGUAUCGACGAUUGUAACACAGCUGCGGCGGCUGUGGCUACUACUGCGCCUACUACUGCCUCUGUGGUCGUCGCUGCUACUGCUUCUGUAGUGGCUGCUGUUGCUACUACCGCUACUACUGCUAUUAAUACUAAUGAUGAUGAUGAUAAUAAUGCUUUGAAUCGUGAACCUAGUGUUAUUUCCGUAUCAUUCUCUGAUGACGAUACCGUUAUAGACGCUACAAUCACUACUACUGCUACUACUACCGCUUUUGCUGCUUCUACUGCUGCUACUACUACUACUACUACUGCUGCUGCUGCUGCUUCUAUUACUACUACUACUACUACUACUACUACUACUACUAGUAAUUCGAUUAUUAAUAAUAAUAAUAACAAUAAUAAUAAUGAUAAUAGUGAUGUUGUGGGACCAAGCCAAACAGCGGAGAUAAAGAUUCAAAAAGAUGAUAAAGAAGCUUACGAAGAUGCUUGCAUAAUUAAAGAAGUCGGGCUUAUUAUAGAUGAUAUAAAUAACAAAGAAGGGAAUUAUUGCUCGUCACAUACUUCCGGUUCGGGUUCAACUUCCUACAUUUCGGACUCAGAAACAUCUGGAAGAUCUUCACCUUUUAUUCAAACGAAAUGCAAUAAGUUACCUGAUAUCGCCAAGUACCAUUUGGGUAACAGGGUUCCAAAACUCAGAUUGAGCCGGCGUAUUUAUUCAUUUAAUGAAGAUGGUUACACCUACACCAUAUACGACUGA